CUGGACAGAUCGUGUAAUAACUACGCUGUCGCCGAUGUGCACGGAAAUUUCGGCUACCUACACGAGGGCAAAAUCCCGAUUCGACCCGAAUCGAACGGUUGGCGCGCGGUGCCGGGCUGGACGGGCGAAUAUGAGUGGAACGGCUACAUUCCCCACGACGAGCUACCCCAAGCCAUCAACCCCGACACCGGUUACGCAGUUACCUGCAACCAGCGUGUCGCCGGUCACGACUACCCCUACUAUGUGGGCUUGUCUUUCACACCAGAGUACCGUGCCCGACGCGUUCAAACACAGAUCCUUUCGCUUGAACCGGGGACGGCGACCGUCGACGAUAUGGCGCGUAUUCAUGCUGAACGGAUUUCAAAUCCGGCGCGUAUCUUCACAGAAGCGUUGGUCCGCGCUACACCGCUUGAUGAAGAUUCGGCGGAAGCGUUGGGGCUGCUGCGGGCGUGGGACUAUAGCAUGGAUCGCAAUCAAGCCCAACCCUUGAUUUACUCUAAGACCAAGACGUAUGUGGUCCGCUUCCUGCUCGAUCACCUGAUGGGAGAUAUGGCAGAGGAAGUAUUUUCAGGUGUUGCGGGGGGCGAUGCCCAUGCCCGUCAGAUUGUGAUAAGAAUGAACCAGGAGCUUGAGAGUGGUGACGAUUCGUUGCUGCCCUCCGGGCACGAUUGGUCGGAGGUGUUGGCUUCCGCACUCCGGUCUGCUGUCGCGGACCUUAGGGCGCAGCUUGGUGAUGAUAUGUCGCAGUGGGAGUGGGGACAGCUCCAUCAUACACACCCACAGCACCCGCUUUCGUCCGUGUUUCCGGAACUUGCCGAACUGUUGAACCCUCCGUCGGUAUCAGCACACGGUGAUGGCGAUACACCGCUCGCCGGGAGUUACGCCCUCCACAACGAAUUUAUUGCCACAGGUAUGUCUGUCAACCGUUACAUCCACGAUCCGUCAGACUGGACUAAUUCACGGUGGAUUGUGCCGCUGGGCGCAUCGGGUCAUCCCGGUAGUCCGCACUACGCAGAUCAGGCAGAGAUGUGGGCAAAUGUUGAGUACAUUCCACAACUUUGGGACUGGAACCAGAUUUUGGCUGAAGCGGAAUCGCAGCAACGAAUUGAACCGGCAGAAUCAGGGUAG